CGGGGGGACCAGAGGAAGCACGAGAGAGAGAGAGAGAGAGAGAGAGAGAGAGAGAGAGAGAGAGAGGCAAUGCUCUGCAACUCUUCUCUUUCCCUCCGCUCUUCUUCACGUUUUUGUUUCUUCCGGCUAUCUUCCUCCUCUCCUCUCUUCCGAUCAAAUUUCCUUUUCAUUUUUACUCUGCAAACCUCUGUUCUUAAUCUUCUCUCCAUUCGUCAAUUGCAAUUGCUCAUGCUCGCUCGUUGCGUUAAACAAACCAUGUGACCGGAUCCAUCUCAGAGCUGAUCAGCUUCGACCGCAUACGUACGCGGGGCUCCUUCCUUGGGAUUUCUCGUGAUUGGCCCGUCAAGACUCAAGCUGAGAAGCUUCUGUACAUCGGAGCCAAAGAGCGAUCAUCCGAUCGAUUCGUGCUAGAGGGAGGAGAGGGAAUAAGAGCAGCAUGCAUACGGUGACGAAGAGGUCUCCGUCGUAUGGAUCGGGGGUGUCCCGUCAUUUCACGGACACCACGACGUGGCGGGCGUUUAUUGCGAGUUCCCCGGCUAGAUCAACCGCGGUCUUCUCCCUCUUCCUGUUCCUCCUGGCCGGCGCGUUCCUCACCUCGCGCCUCCUCGACGCCACCUCUUUGAUUACAGGCAAUGCAGCUGCUCGGCCUGUGGUAAAUUCAGUGACAAGUCACAUACUGCCUCAUAGACCGCCUGAAACUCUUGACAAGUCGCGGAAGAAAAUAGAAAUUCCACUCAACUGCACGGCUUAUAACCUUACAAGAUCAUGCCCCGCAAACUAUCCCAGUACGUUCGAGCUGGAAAAAGAUCCCAACCGUCCAUCGACCCCCAUGUGUCCUGAUUAUUUCCGGUGGAUACACGAGGACUUGAAGCCAUGGGCCCGCACUGGCAUCACGAAGGACAUGGUGGAGAAAGCUAGAAGGACAGCAAAUUUCAGGCUGGUGAUAUUAAACGGGAAGGCUUACGUGGAGACAUACGAGAAGGGAUUUCAAACAAGAGAUGUUUUCACGAUAUGGGGAAUAUUGCAGUUGUUACGGAGGUACCCCGGUAAGGUGCCCGAUCUGGAAUUGAUGUUCGACUGCGUUGACUGGCCGGUGAUCCGAUCACAGCUCUAUCGUGGACCCAAUGUCACUGGCCCGCCACCGUUGUUUAGGUACUGUGGGAAUGAUGCCACACUCGACAUUGUCUUCCCUGAUUGGUCCUUCUGGGGAUGGCCGGAGAUAAAUAUUAAGCCAUGGGAGGCUCUACUGGAGGAUCUUAAAGAAGGUAAUCGGAGGACCAAAUGGGUGGACAGGGAACCUUAUGCUUAUUGGAAGGGUAACCCAGAAGUUGCUAAAACAAGGCAAGAUCUCCUCAAAUGUAAUGUCUCUGAAAAACAAGACUGGAAUGCUCGAGUUUAUGCUCAGAAUUGGGGUAAAGAAUCACAGGAAGGGUACAAGCAAUCGAAUUUAGCGAGCCAGUGCAUGCACAGAUAUAAAAUCUACAUUGAAGGGUCCGCUUGGUCUGUCAGCGAAAAGUACAUCCUAGCCUGCGACUCUGUGACCCUGAUAGUAAAACCGCAUUACUACGACUUCUUUACAAGAGGGUUGUUGCCGGUUCACCACUACUGGCCCAUCAGGGAAGACUCCAAGUGCAAAUCGAUAAAAUUCGCUGUAGAUUGGGGAAACAGCCACAAGAAAAAGGCACAAGAAAUUGGGAAGGCAGCGAGCAGUUUCAUACACGAUGACCUGAAGAUGGACUUGGUGUACGAUUACAUGUUCCAUCUGCUGAACGGGUAUGCGAAGCUGUUGACGUACAAGCCCACCAUUCCUGAGAAAGCAACCGAGCUCUGCUCCGAGGCCAUGGCUUGUGAGGCCCAGGGACUGGUGAAGAAGUUCAUGUUGGACUCUCUGGUGAAGGGACCAAGGGACUCGGACCCGUGCAACCUGCCUCCUCCUUUCGACCCGGUUUCUCUCUUCAGUCUUCGCCGGAGAAAGGAGAAUUCUGUGAAGCAAGUCGAAACGUGGGAGAGUAUGUACUAUGAUAAUCAACAUCGACAGGACUAAAGUUAACUCUGUUCCCCCAUUCUACAGGGUAUUUUUCCUGUAUGGUUUUGUAACGAGCUUAUUCUCUACCUUGUAACGUUAUAUAGAUGAAAUAUGGUAUGUGCAUGUACACUACCAUAUCUAAUAUGUACCGUCCCCUCUACCCAUUGGGUCGGGUCGUGAAUAUGGGCUCAGAUUCAUGUUACGGUUGGGCCUCGGCCCACCUUUUUUUGUGCCUUGAUUUGUACC